AUGAGUUUUGUGGAGCGUCAAUCAUGCCAUUUGCUUCUUGGUAUUGUUCUUACAUUGUGCUUUAACCAAGUCUUGUCCACCACCAAUGAAAUAGACAGACUGGCACUGCUCGAAUUUAAGGCCAGUAUAGCCGGAGAUCCUUUUGGUGUGCUCAACUCUUGGAACAAUAGCACUGAAUUUUGCCAGUGGUAUGGCGUUACGUGUGGUCGGAGGCACCGGAGAGUCACAGUGUUGGACUUGUCAUCACAAGCACUUUCCGGAUCAAUCUCUCCUCAUAUUGGGAAUCUCAGUUUUGUAAGGGAAAUGUUUCUCCAAAACAACAGUCUCUAUCAUGAAAUCCCUCCGCAAGUCGGCCAAUUGCACCGCCUUCGUGUCUUACGACUAGACAACAAUUCAUUGGUCGGUGAAAUUCCCAAAAACAUAUCGGGUUGCUCUAACCUUGUCAAACUCAUUCUUCAAUUCAACCAACUAACUGGAGAGAUUCCUGGAGAGCUCGGUUCACCGUCGAACCUACGAAUGGUCACAUUGUCUGUUAAUAGUUUGACCGGGAGUGUGCCUUUCUCCAUUGGGAACUUGUCUUCACUAGAGAGUCUUAUUUUAACCCGGAACAACUUGGGCGGGAGCAUUCCCCAAUUUCUAGGCCACCUGACAAACUUGCAACGGAUUGGCUUGGGAAUAAACAAAUUGUCAGGUACAAUUCCAUCUUCGCUACUCAAUCUCUCUUCGCUCACUGUCUUUGAUGUUGGAGGCAACAUGAUACAUGGGACUCUUCCUGCAGGCAUAUGCCUCAAACUCCUAGACCUUGAUUUUUUAAGUGUUUUCGAGAACCAAUUGGAGGGGCCGAUUCCUCCAUCGGUAUCAAAUUGCACGAAGCUAGCAGUGCUUCAACUUGAUAUGAACAGAUUUUCUGGGAAAGUACCUUCUUUGGAAAAUUUGUAUAAGCUUCGUUGCUUUCGCAUCUAUAAAAAUCAGCUUGGAAGGGGAAGGCCUGAAGAUUUGAGCUUCCUUUGCUCGUUGACUAAUAGCACCAAGUUAGACGACGUGCUUAUUCACGAGAACGAGUUUGGUGGGGUAUUACCUAAAUGCAUAGGUAAUUUAUCCACCACUCUCACAAAACUUAUUGUAAUGGACAAUCAAAUAUCUAGUAAGAUUCCAGAAGAAAUCGGGAAUUUGGUCAACCUGGAAAUAUUAGUUAUGAAUCACAAUCAAUUUUCAGGUGUCAUCCCCUUAAAUUUGGGGAAUCUACAAAAUCUAGCGAUACUUCAGCUAGGUGAUAACAACCUGGUAGGGACUAUACCAUCAUCUUUGGGAAAUCUAACCAAGUUGAUUUUACUACUCCUUUCUGGGAACAACUUUCAUGGGAGAAUUCCGUCGCACCUAUCUAACUGCCAGUCUCUUCAACGGCUCGAUCUAUCAAAUAACAAUCUCAGUGGUGCUAUACCCCCACAACUCAUCGGUCUCUCGUCAUUAGCGAUCAUGUUGGACUUGUCUCAUAACCAUCUGACUGGGGUUCUACCCACAGAAGUUGGCAACAUGAGAACUUUGACUGCGUUGGACAUCUCGAACAAUUUGUUGGUUGGUGAAAUCCCAAGUAGUUUAGGUGACUGCACUUCAUUGACAUCACUAAAGUUGGGGGGCAACUUCUUCCAUGGGUCAAUCCCGCAAUCAAUCAGAUCGUUGGGAGGCAUUGAAGAACUAGAUCUGUCAUGCAACAAUUUGUCGGGUCAGAUUCCAGAAUUCUUAUCGGUGUUUCGUUCCUUAAAACAUUUGAAUUUAUCGUACAAUAAGUUUGAAGGCAUGCUACCACGUGAAGGAGUCUUUAAGAAUGCUACCGCUACUGCUAUUAUUGGGAACAAUGAGCUUUGCGGUGGACUGCCAGAAUUCAACCUCCAUAGCUGCAUCUCCAAAAGCUCCAAGAGCGGAAAGAUCAAUGUAGUGAUACUGUUCACUUCUAUUAUAUUCGGAGUUCUUUUAGUAGUUGUUAUUCUUGCUUUUAUACAUAAUUUUUGGUCAAAGAAGAAAUUAAAUGAACCGGUUUCUAGUUCAAUGGAUGAUUCAACUCCGAACAUAUCUUAUGGAGCACUCCUAAAAGCAACCAAUAAUUUUUCUUCAAUGAAUUUGAUCGGAGUUGGAAGCUUUGGUUCUGUUUACAGGGGUAUACUCAAGGAUAAUGGGAUUGUUGUUGCUGUGAAGGUGCUUGAUUUAGUUCGUCACGGUGCACUUAAGAGCUUCAUAGUUGAGUGCAAGGCAUUAAAGAACAUCAGACAUCGAAAUCUUUUGAAGAUAUUGACAAUUUGCUCGGGUGCUGAUUAUCAAGGAAAUGAUUUUAAAGCCAUAGUAUAUGACUUCAUGAACAAUGGAAGCGUGGAACGGUGGCUACACCCAAACUCAACCUCAUCUCACGAGAUUGAGCUUCGGAAAAAGUUGAAUUUCAUGAGGAGGAUAAACAUUGCUACUAGUGUUGCUUAUGCAUUGGAUUAUCUUCAUCACCAGUGCCAUAUCCCCAUUAUUCAUUGUGAUCUAAAGCCAAGCAAUAUCCUCUUGGAUGAUGAGAUGGUCGUGCAUGUGAGCGAUUUUGGAUUGGCUAAGUUCCUCCUUGGAUCAUCCCUUGAUACCGUAGCUAAGCAGAUGAGCUCUAUGGGCUUGAGAGGGACAAUUGGUUAUGCUCCACCAGGUAAUCUCUUUAGUUUUUCUAAUGAUAUGAGCUCUACAUUCUUUUUGUUGAUAAGCACUCCUAAUAUCAUCUGCACUAUGAUCUAA